UUCUCGCUCAAUCUUGCUCGUUCCUCGUCUACCUCUAUUCGCCUUUUUCUUUCCCUCUUCCCAAUUAAAUUGAAAUCAUCUUCAGCCAAAUCGAGGUCGCCUUUGCCUGUGUUUUGGACGAUUGGGUCGCGUCAAAAGUCGGAGAAAAGAGCGAGUUCGGGAUGUUGGGUUCAGGUCUACAGCAACGGCGACGUCUAUGAGGGGGAGUUUCAUAAGGGGAAGUGUUCUGGAAGUGGGGUGUAUUACUAUAAUAUGAGUGGGAGGUAUGAAGGGGAUUGGGUUGAUGGUCAGUAUGAUGGAUAUGGAGUAGAAACAUGGGCAAGGGGUAGUCGCUAUCGUGGGCAGUAUAGGCAAGGCCUUAGACAAGGUUUUGGAGUGUACAGGUUUUAUACAGGGGAUGUCUAUGCUGGGGAAUGGUCCAAUGGACAGAGUCAUGGCUGUGGAGUUCACACCUGUGAGGAUGGGAGCCGAUAUGUUGGGGAAUUCAAAUGGGGCGUGAAGCAUGGGCUUGGCCACUACCAUUUCAGAAAUGGGGAUACAUAUGCUGGUGAAUACUUUGCUGACAAGAUGCAUGGAUUUGGGGUAUAUCAUUUUGCAAAUGGGCAUCGGUACGAAGGAGCCUGGCAUGAGGGUAGGAGGCAAGGGCUUGGAAUGUAUACAUUUCGAACUGGAGAAACCCAAUCUGGGUACUGGCAAAAUGGAGUUCUUGACGUUCCAAGUACACAGAACCCCACCUAUCCUGUGUCUCCCGUUGGUGUAAAUCAUUCCAAAGUGCUCAAUGCUGUUCAGGAGGCACGACGAGCGGCAGAAAAAGCCUAUGAUGUGGCCAAAGUAGAUGAAAGAGUGAAUAGAGCUGUGGCAGCAGCUAAUCGAGCAGCCAAUGCCGCUAGAGUAGCUGCUGUUAAGGCUGUGCAAAACCAAAUGCAUCAUAACGUUGACAAUGAGAGCCUUCAAAUUCCCGUCAGGUGAGACUGUUAAUUACUGCUUCAGUAUCAGCCAAGAAGCUUUGAGAUUAUGGGAGAGGAUGGUGGCUACUCAAGUUUUACUACACUGUCAUAAUCUCAUUGGCAUUUUGCUUUCCUUGAAAUCCGGUCACUUGCAUGUAUAGAGGGAGGCUGAUCGCGACCGUUUGAUUAAAUCUAUUUUCUUUGCUUUUUUCUCCCCCCUCUUUCCUUUACUAUGUUUACUUCAUUUUUGUAUAUACUAAUGUAGAUGCAAGUGCUGGUGAACUGGUGAAAUAUUUACUUAGCUUCUGUUGUAAUGAUGGUGUGCCUGUAAUAAUAGGAGAAAACGUCUCAAUAAA